AUGUCUCCCAUCGUUGUCCGAUCUGCCGCCCGCGCUGUUCAGCGCCGCCAGUUCUCUCUCCUCAGCGCCAUGCGAACCGUUGGCCGAUCCAUGGAGUCUCACCCCUUUGAGCGCCUGCCCAUCAGCCAGCAGCCCGCCAAGCCCGACUACGCCAAGAUGUUCAAGCGAGUUGGCAGCCAGGCUCUCUUCUUCUUCCCUGGCUUCGCCGUCAUUCUUGGCUGGCCCCUCGCCGCCGAGGCUGCCUUCGAUGGCCGACUCUAA